AUGCAAGUUUUAGAUCUUUCAUUCUUCAAUAUUUUUCAACUCAUAAUAUUCUUGUUCAAAUGUUGGUUAUUUUAUGGUAAAGGAUGUUUGAUAAUAUCUUAUUAUUAUUUGAAUAAUGUUUUACCUAAAGAAUAUGCUAGUGGUCAUUUUUCAAGACUAGAAAUAUUUGAAUUGAAAUUUGUAGACCCAUUGGCCAAUUUAUUAUGCAUCAAUGCAUUAAAUAAUCAAUUAUGGAUGAUUUUGAAUAACUUGUCUGGAAAGCACAAUUUAAUCAACACUAUAGUGAGUGAUAUUCAAAGGUUCAAUUAUGAAUUGUACCAAAGCGUUGGUCAUAAUCAGGUUAAAUCACCAUAUUUCCUUAAUUUUGCAUUGAAUUAUUUCUGCCAAAUCGAUAACCAACAAGUUUUCAAGAAUUAUAAACUAACCAAUCGAUUCAUGAAUUGGUUUAACUUGGAAUAUUUCCAAGUAAAUGAUAAAAUGAUAAAUUAUAGAGUUAGGAAAAGAAGCAAUCCUAGGUCUAACAUCUUUGAUGAAAAUUCACCUCAUCAAAACUCCCGUGGUUAUCAAACACCUCCACACCAUCAUUCCCCUCAUACCCUUUCCCCAAGUUCAAUCCAUUCAUUGAGUCCUCAAAUCAAUCCCACAAAGAUCGAUCGGUCAAUAAGUGAUAAUUUUCGAUUAGACCAACAUUUGAGAGAAAGAGCUGUUGUUGAAGUCAAAGAACAACAAUUAAAUGACCGGGAGAAAUCUUUAGGUCAACGAGAAAGAAUUGUUAACGAAGUACAAAGAGAAUUAGAAACUCCUAAUCGAUCGAGAUCAAAUUCAGGUUCAAGUAAUUUCAUGGGUCCAUCGAUUGAUCAAGUGUUGAAAAAUCCUGCUUUGAGUUCCAAGAGUUCCAGUUCAUUUAACUCUCCAAAUCCUCAACAGCCUGUUAUGGGAUUAUCGAAUCCUUCAAUAGUGAGAUCAAGAAGAGGUUCUAUGGAUUUACCUUACCCUGUAAACUAA